CGACAGGAAUCCAGCUGCGGCCUCCUGCCAGCGGUUGCCUCUUGCACAAGGGCCGAGGCAGGGAGGCGUUAACUGUUUCCUAACUCGGCAGUGGGAGCGCAGCGCGGGCGGCCAGCACCGAGCGAGGGCCCCGGGCCCUGCAGGGAGCAGGGCGAUGGCUGCAGGGCCGAGCCGUGCCGAGUGCCAAGGACACGGUGCCGCAGGCGGGCUGCCUCCGAGCACGGCAGCGCCGGACACCGUGGCUCUGUGCCAGGGCUCCCCAGCGGGGGCUGAGGCCCUCGGGGCUGUCCCCCCCCAGAUCCUGGUGACGGACUUCAGCGCGGCGAACCCCGGGGGCUGGCACUGCCCUGACCCGCAGCCAGAGCCGGGCGAGGAGGACAGCGAGCAGGACGCCAGGGAGGCAUCCGAGGAUGGGAGCAGCAGCGUGGGCGCCAGCCCCGUGGCCCUGGACCCAGUGGAGAAGGAAUGGCUGCAGGGAGCAGCCGGCGGGGACCUGCCCGUCCUGAGCCACCUCCUGCAGCAGGAGCCCGCCCUGGCCACCAAGAAGGACUUCACCUCGGGGUUCACCGCGUUGCACUGGGCAGCAAAGCACGGCAAGGAGGACAUGGCCGCGAUGCUCGUGGAUGCUGGGGCUGACAUCAACAUGAGAGCGCACGUGAGUACAGGCCCCGGCUGGCGGUCGCUGCUGGGCCGCGGGGUGCUGAGCACGUCGCACGUGGUGCCCGGCUCUGCCCCCACAGCAGCUCUCUCCCUCGGGCAGGGCGGCUACACCCCCCUGCACAUCGCCGCGCUCCACGGGCACCGCCAGAUCGUGGACCUGCUCAUCGAGCGCUUUGGGGCCAAGCAGAACCUGCGGGACUACAGCGGGCACCUGGCCGGGCACUACCUGGGCUCUGCGGGGACGCUGGACGGGGACCCCGACACCCCCCAGCUGCCCUCGGGCCGCGGUGAGCGCGGCCGGAACCGGCGCCUGGCCUGCCUGCUGCUGCCCAAGGCCGGUGGGCAGGCGCGGCGGCGCUGGGGCUCGGCCGAGGACCUUGCGGAGCCAGAGGAAGAGCGAGCCCCGGCGCAGCUCCUCGCACCGCCCGCGUCCUACCGGGCCGUCCGCAAGUUCUCUCGCUAGCCCAGACCUGGCCCCACGGCGUGGUGGGGGGCUCGGGGGUCAGGCACGAAGAUGGGGCCGGACGCUGUCUGGCACUGCAGUAAAGCUCCGUGUGCACCGCG